GCACCAAAGCAAUGUUUCUCUGCUGGCCAUUCAAAAGUGUGUGUUCUUACGGCAUUGUAUUGUGUUUGGAAUUCAAAAUAAACAAGGAACAGGCAACCCAACAAUUGCAGAAACUGCACCCAGCGUCGUUUUGUUGCUCGCCCAGUGAGAAUGCCCGCCGUCGAAGGCCAAAGAGGCCGGGGAAGGAAGGCAACGGCCGCCGCCAGGAGGCAAACCGUUCUAUAUGACGAGGACGAGGAGCGACCCAUCAAGCAACAGCCCAUGGACGUGGAGGAGGAUGAUGACAACGAUCGUGAGGAGCCCGACGCAGAACCCGACGAGGGUGAGGAUGAAGAGGAGGAACACUUGGACGAGGUCGAAGAGGGGGAGGAAAACGACGACGACGAGCAGGAGAGCAGCAAUGAGACAAGCGAACCGGAGGAGCAAGUAGAGCCGCCGGCCUUCAGCCUGGCCACGCUCGGGCUGCAGCGCGUGGGCAGCGCCCCGCCGCCCAAACCCAAGGUGCAAAAGGCACCGAUCCUGACCCUCAAUGCUCGCGGCAUGCCGGCCCGCAUCCGCAAGAAGAAUCGUUUGUUCUACGAUGAGAACAUCAUCAACGACGACAAGCCGCUGCGCAUGAGCCUGGCGCCAAAGAAAAUGCCCGGCCGGCCGCCGCUCUCCGCCGGCGGAGGCUCUGCCCAGAAGACACCGCUCACACCCUCCAAGGUGUUGAAGAAGCGCAAGGGUGUUGUCUCCCGCUACAUGCGCUCCAGUGACGGCUCCAGCUCCAACUCGGCUAGCAGUCAGCAGACGCAGCAGACUCAUUUGGGCAAGCUUAAGAAGACGCCAUUGAAGGGUUCGCCGGGAGGCAAACUGCAAACGUCCGGCAAGGCGGGUUCAAAGGUGACCGGCAAACGCUUGGCCGCUGGGGCUGCGGCGGCCUCCGAGAUGGAGGCCAACGAGGCGGAAAUCCAUGCGGCGGUGGCCCACAAGCGACUAGGACAGUCCAUCGGUCUGCGGCUUCGGAAUGUCCUCAAGCUGCCCAAGGCUCACAAAUGGGCCAUCGCCGAGUGGUUCUACUCGUAUGUGGACAAGCCGCUCUUCGAGAGCCGUGACGAAGUCCUGACCCAUGUGAACGAGCUGGCGCCGCGCUUGGGUCCCCGCAUGCUUAAUCGUCAUGAAUGGAUCAACAUUAGGCGGCGGAUGGGCAGGCCGCGGCGCUGCUCGGCCAAGUUCUUUAGCGAGGAGCGCAAGGAGCUGGAUCGCAAGCGUCAGCUCAUCAGGACGCUGCAGUCGCGAAAGCCUGGCGAGUUGAAGGACUCAAUGCUGCUGUCGGAUAUGCCCGAGAAAAUACCGAUGCCCUUGCCACUGGGCACCAAAGUGACGGCCAGGCUGCGUUCGCCCCAGGAUGGAAUCUUUGCCGGCACCGUGGCCGCCUAUGACUCCCUGAACGCCAUGUAUCGGGUGACCUUCGAGCGCCCUGGUUUGGGCACGCAUGCCAUACCGGACUACGAGAUCGUUUCGGAGAACUUCCACGAAAUGCUGCCGCUGCACAGUUUGACCAAGGACUUCCGGCCCAAUCUGAUGUGCAUCUAUCAGACGAAUAACCUCGGCUUUACCACCAACCUGGGCUUCACGGCCAACCUCUCCAGCAAUUAUCUGCAAAAGAAGGGUGAGAAGGGGACAGGAACUGGAGCUGGAGCUGGCGCUGGUUCGGCUUCGGCUUCGGGAACUCCGCAGAAGAAUCUGGCCAAUAACAAUGCAGACGCACGAAAGGCACUGAGCAUGAAGCUCAACAAAAGCGAUCCCCUCCUGGGUCAAGAUUUGGUGGCCGAGAGUCCCAUCCGUCAGCAGCUGGCCCGUUAUCAUCAUAAUCAUCAUCAGCAUCGUCACAACUACCCGAGGACGCUGCUCGAGCAUCUGGUGCACCUGCAGAAGCACAUCGCGGUGAAGGCCGAUCGCAUCCAGCGUCUGAACAAGAUGAACAGCACCGCGGAGCUGGCCCUGGCCGAAAUGAUUAACCAGGAUGAGAACGGGGAAUGCCAUCGCCGCCAGAUUGCCGAUAACUUUCAACGGCAAUAUGCCUACAACAUUGUGUCCAUCGAGAAGAACAACGUCGAUCUCAUGUACGAACUGACCAAGGUGCAGGAGCUCUCUUCCAGCCUCACACGCAAUCCCAAUGUCCAGGCCAUGAUCUCGCCGACGUACAUGCGCGAGGAGUGCCGGGCCAAGGCCUCCCUGACGGUGGACGAAGUGAAUAAGGGACUGGUGAAAAAUCCGCACAUGAUUCGCCUGCUGAAGAACCUCACCACCCUGCUGUUCCUUACCCAGAACGUGAACGGCGACAACAAGGUCUUCGAGGGCUGCCUCGAGGAGGUACGCACCAAUCUCUAUUGCAGCGACAAUAGCGAGGUCUUCAAGAAGAGCGUGCAGGCGCGUCUGGAGUACAUUACAAUGGACAUUGCCAAGAGUAUGGAUGAUAAUGAAGAGACCGGCAGAAGCAGCGGCACCGAGGACGUCAAGGAAGAGGAGGACGAGUCCAAAGACAGCUCGAAGGCGAAAACGAAAGAGAAGCAGCAGCAGCCGGAGGAGGGGGACGAGGAACCUGGCAAGGUGGCACAAAAAAGUCAAGAGCCAGCGGCGGAAGAGGAGGAGAAUAACGGAGAGGAGAAGUUGGAUUCAGACGGAUCGGACAAGCAUUCAAAUCACAAUCAGAAGGAGGAGAAGCAGCAAGAGCAAAAGUCGAUGCAGGAAGCGGAAGAGGAUACAGAGCCCGAAAUGGAGGAGCAUCAUCUGGAGCCAGAGCUUGAGCCAGAGCAUGAGCCCGGACCCGAGCCCGAGCCAGAGGAGCGGUCACCCAAUGCUGCCGCCACCGAUGACACCCAGAUCACCAUCGAGUCCAUGAAGGAGUCCGAGGAGGAGUUCCUCUCGACUGGCGAAACGGAGGACGAGGAAAUGCCAGACGAAGAACUGCAGCAGCUGAAAAUGUCGGACGAGCUCUCCGGGGAUGAAUAUUGUCUACGUCAAGUAGAGAUGUAGAAGUGCUCUUUCCCUUGGCCACCUUAUUUUUUUUUUGUUCUCUCCCUAGGUUAAGAUUGUAAGUUGGAUUAUUUCAAUUCGUUGCAAUAGAAGGUGCAACAACCGCAAGUCCCUGCAUCAUUGCAAAUAGAAAGUGGACGCGGAGACCAUCCCUGGACCCUGGCCAGGUGACCCAUUAUUGUAAAUCUGCAAAGAAUUUAUUAAAACAAUUAUUGAUUGCGUUGAAAGCUGUAGAGAAAAGCCUCGGCAAUAAAGAGUUUACAAUAAA